AUGGGUUCCUGGGCGUGUGCUUGGGCGUCCGCCCUCGUCCUCCACUCGGCCUUCUCAGCUAUGGAUUCAGUUCCAAGCACUUCUGUGGAACCCUUUAUUGGACCUGUUGAUCCAGUCAAUGUUGUUAACACCAACGAAACGUAUGUCAGGCGCUUUAGAGUACAUGGUCGCAGGACCACCUUUAAAUUUAAUUCCCCUCCUGAAGGAGUUUCCGAAAUUGAUUGGCUUAGAGGUGGCUUUUCUAGCCUUGUUGAAAAAAUGAAAGUUGAGUCUGAGGAAGGGGAUCAGCUCGGGUUUACUUUGCGAAGUCUAAAUUUAAAAAAUAAAGAGCCCGGAUACGUUGCGUUCCGACCAGCUGCCCAAGUGGACGAGGACGUACUGUGGGAAAUUUUUGGCGGAAUCGUUCAGAGUAAUGCGGAAUCAAUCACUUCGGCAGAUACCUUCCAGGUCGAGUGCACGCGUGUCAAUCUCCCUGUAGGCACCGGUAGGGUAAGGCCAGGCAUGUUUAACACGUUCAAUGAAGAAUGUCACAAACGGAAGGGCAUUGUUGCUAUAAAAAAUACCGACAACCUCUGCCUGCCUAGGGCUAUCGUGGUGGCAAAGGCUAAGGUUAAAAACAAUCCUGAAUUUCAAGUUAUUAGACAGGACAGAAGGGGUAGGCAAUUGAAUAGGGCAAGGAAGCUGAUGCAGAAGGCUAGGGUGGAAAUUCCAGAGGAGGGUGCAGGUCUCCCGGAAUUGCAAAAGUUUCAGGAUCAUCUGAAAAAAUAUAAGAUCACUGUGUAUCACUAUGACAGGAGGGGCAGAGACGUGUACUUUGAAGGAAACAACCCUGAUGCCUCACUAAAAAUUAAUUUGCUCUUCCAUAAUGGUCACUACAAUGUUAUAACUUCAUUGACAGCUGCUUUUGCCUGCACCCACUUCUGUGAAGGAUGCCAUGUCCCGUAUAGCAACAAGGGAAACCACAGAUGUAACAAUAUCUGCUCAGCCUGUCAAACCGUCUCUCCACCUUGCAUUGAAGAGAUGGGUGGUAUUGUGUGUCCUGAAUGUAACUUAAAAUACAAAAAUCAGAUUUGUUUCCUGGCCCACAAGAAUGAGCGCUGUAAAUCGGUGAGAAAAUGUAAGGACUGUGACAAAAUCAUCAAUCUUAACAACAGAAAGUCAGAUCAUGUUUGUGGAGAAGUGUUCUGUGUGAUUUGUAGGGAAUUCUUGCCACCCGACCACCAAUGCUACAUGAAAGUGGACAAAAGAAAGCCCACAGACAAGAUUAAAGACUCUGUGUACAUUUUCUUUGACUUGGAGACGCGUCAAGACGAACCCCUGGCAACCGACCCUGACUCCAACUUGCAUAUAGUCAAUCUCUGCAUUUCUCAACAGUACUGUUGGAAAUGUAUAGAGGGAGAGGGUUGUGAUACGUGCAACGAUAGGACAAAAAUAUUCAGAGAGGACCCUGUUGGUAGAUUUGUGGACUACGUUAUGGAGAGCAGAAAGCAAUUCAAGAAUGUGUGUGCAAUUGCCCAUAACGGUCAGGGGUUCGAUUUCCAGUUUAUCCUGAAGCACAUUAUUGAACACACUAAAUUCACACCUGAACUGAUCAUGAGAGGCACAAAGGUGAUAUUGUUGGAAGUGGACAGUGUACGGUUUAUUGAUUCCCUAAACUACUUCCCCAUGGCACUGUCUGCUCUUCCAAAAGCGUUCGAUCUGCCCCCGGAGAAAAAGAAAGGCUACUUUCCUCAUCUGUUUAACACGAUGGCGAAUCAAAACUUUGUCGGUCCCAUCCCCAGUAAAAAAUUCUACUGUCCUGACACUAUGUUUGAAAAAACAUACAAGGACUUUGAAAAUUGGCACAACGAACAGAUGAGUCAAAAUUAUGUUUUUGAUUUUUCCAAAGAAAUAGUAGAGUAUUGCCUUUCUGAUGUUGACAUACUGGCCCAAGCGUGUAUUAAAUUUAGAAAGCUCUUCUUACUUGAAUGUAAUGUUGAACCAUUCCUAGAGGCUGUUACGAUCGCGAGCGCCUGUAAUCUGGCGUUCAGACGUAACUUUUUGAAACCCAACACUAUCGGCUUGAUUCCUAAAAACGGAUAUCGCAUGGUUGAAAACCAGUCGGCCAUUGCUUUGCAAUGGAUGACCUGGGAAGAAGGCCAGCGAGAUGUGACAAUUAACCACGCUGGGCGGGGGAGAGAGAGUAGAAUUGCGGGAAUGAAAGUUGACGGGUUUGAUGGGGAACGUGUUUAUGAAUUCCAAGGCUGUUACUACCAUGGAUGCCCUAAAUGCUACCCCUACAAACGAGAGGAGCCUCUGAAAGAGGAUCCUUCUGACAGCCUACAUCUCCGGUAUGAAAGAACUAAAACAAAAAUUCAAAAACUGUCUGAAACCGUGUAUGAGAUUGUUGAGAUGUGGGAGUGCGAGUUUAAAAAAAUCAAACGCGAUAAUAACUUGUCUUAUCUAAACUCUUUGCCUAUCUUGAAUUCUCUCCCCCUUGAACCUCGCAACGCUUUCUUCGGGGGUAGGACAGGAAACGCAAAGACCUAUCACAAGUGUGAAGAAGGUGAAUCCAUCCAAUAUGUCGAUGUGUGUUCCCUAUACCCUUAUGUUUGUAAGAGAGGGCACUAUCCACUAGGACAUCCCACUGUACAUGUAGGGGACAGAGCCUGCCGAGAGCUUGGACUGGAAGUAAAUGGUAUUCUAAAAUGUAAAGUCCUGCCACCACUGAAACUGUAUCACCCUGUACUACCUGCUAGGAUGAGUGACAAACUGAUGUUUGUUUUGUGUAGAAAGUGUGGUGAGCAGUUGAACCAAGAAGAUUGUCACCAUAGUAGUGAAGAAAGAGCUCUGACCGUUUAUGUUUACUUGGUCCCAUGA